GCUAUUUUUUCGCAUGAGGCUCGGAUUAUCUUGUUUCAGAUAAUCAUUGGUCCUCCAAAUAACUUAUCCUUUUUUGCAGAUGUAUCAGAUUUUUGUAGACUUAAAAGGACGAUUUUGUAAUUCAAUGCCUUUGAUCUAUCUUAGUCUUUGUGUAGAGUUAGCAGCCCUUAUAACCAGUGAUCUACAUUAUCCCAUGUCUUGAACAUUGAAGUUAUAAAGCCCCCGUCUUUCGGGUUGGUUGACCUGCAAAUAGAAGAUCGCUUUGAUUUCUCUUCUAAUUAUGCAAAUAAAAAUGAACCAAAAUAAUUGAGAAUAAUCGGACUACUCAAUGUACCCAGUAAGAUUUUUUCAAUUAUCGAGGAGGUGAGGCUCAAGGCUCAAGGCUCAAUUGCUAGCUCAUACUUAUUAAGACACCUGAGCUGGAGCUUUGGCUGGAGAGAUUAUCCAACAAGGGAUACAAACCGCUUGUAAGAUCUAGGCGAACCGAAGUACCCGAAAUUACAUUGCUGUAGCAAAAGGUAAAAGCUCAAUAGUCUUACCUGUGUUGCGCGCAUUAAGAAGUCUACCCUACCCAAAGUCCAGUGGGUUUUGGAACAACUAGAAAACAGACAGAAAAACAGUAUCAUACUAUAUACUGAUCACAGACAAUACUGUGAUCAAUUGUUUAGAUGAAUAUAGAGGCAUUGCCAUAUGGGUCUCAACCUUCUGAAGAACCUGGCGCUUGGGUUCAUGUGUCAGCUCCCAAAAAUCCUGAAAAUGCUGUUGCUGAUCCAAAGAAAGACUUAAUGCCUCAUGAGGACAUGUCUGCAGAUUUCUGUGCAUGGAAUAGUGUUGGUAAUGCAGUACGUCCUCGCAUCAAAAGGGAAAACGAUUCACUUACCAGGUCCAAGUCUCUUGAGCAGGACUUAAUAUGGCCUGGAGUAUCUUCUAAUGUUGAAAGAAUAAGCUCAACAGUUAAUGUAAUUCCAUCUUGCAAGGAGAAAUACCCAAGUGUUCCACAUUUUUCAACACCUUGUGGUGUGGACAUAGGAGUGGUAAGAGCUACAUUAGAAGCUGAGCCUCCACAGUGGAUGCCAGAUAGCACUGCAAAUUGUUGCUUACAGUGUCGAACUCUUUUCAAACCUGUAAUAUGUGGCCGUCAUCAUUGCCGCCUCUGUGGGGGCAUAUUCUGUCGUAAUUGCUCCACUGGAAGGUGUUUACUUCCUGUUAAGUUUCAGGAGAGGAAUCCACAAAGGGUUUGUGAUAUAUGUUAUCAGAGGCUUGAACCAAUACAAAGAAUCUUAGCAGAUAGGGUGAGCAAUGCAUCACAGAUUGCAACCCAUGAUGUUACAGAUAUGACAUGUAUGAGAGGUUGGCUGAACAGUCCGUUGGGUUUUACCAUGGAGCAGGAAAUUUACAAAGCAACUAAUACAAUACGGAGCUAUUACCAGAUCGGAGGUAUCAGUGCAGACAAGUUGAUUCCUAAUGCUGUUCUUAAAGGUGCAAGAGGUCUUGCUAUACUAACUGCCGUUAAAGUAGGAAUGGUGGUGACAUAUAAGGUAGGGACUGGACUGGUCCUUGCUCGGCGAGUGGAUGGUACCUGGUCUGCACCAUCAGCUAUUGCUUGUUGUGGUAUGGGCUGGGGUGCACAAGCAGGAGGAGAACUCACAGAUUUUAUUAUUGUCCUUCGAAAUUCUAAGGCGAUAAAAGCUUUUAGUGGUCGUCUUAACAUUUCAAUUGGAGCUGGAUUGAGUGCAACUGCUGGACCUGUUGGAAGGGUUGCUGAAGCAGAUCUUUGUGCAGGAGAUGGGGGGACUGCUGCUUGUUAUACAUAUAGCUAUAGCAAAGGUGCUUUUCUGGGAGCAUCUUUGGAAGGCAAUGUCAUGACAACUCGUUCUGAUACAAAUCACCGCUUUUAUGGAGAUCCUUACAUUUCAUCAUGGGAUGUUCUUCUUGGGCCGGUACCAAGGCCAAGAGCAGCAAGUAGUUUAUAUAAUGCAUUGCAUACUUUGUUUGGUAAACUUGAGGAAAUGGAGUCCACAUUAUUCUAAUACAGUACCGUAAUUGUUUACAUUGUUAAAAAACAUAUUUGAUUUUUUAAAGAAUAUGGCACCUCUUUUAAAUAUGAUUGGGUUUACUCUUA